GUGAAGCUCAUGGCUACAAACGGGUAGUUCACACACACUCUAAGCGGGGUUAAAACGAACACGCGGAAAAAGCCGGUAUAGUACCUUUAGUCGCGGGGACGUUCGAUUGAUCAGGGGCAUUUUUACGCGUUAAAUUCGUAUCAAGUAAUAGGUUCGAUAUCACUGUUCGAUUUUCGCGCGAUUUUUUUUUUCAAAAACUUUUGUUAUUGUGUUCUGUUUUAAAGACCAACUCGGACGUUUUAUUUAAUUAAUAAGUAAACAUUUUGUGUGUGACUUUUAUUUUGACAAAGAAAAUUUCUGUCCAAAAAAAAAUAGAAACCAGAACUUAAUUUAUGAAUUGUGAUAUAACGACGAAAUUAUAAUUAGCUUGUAGCCACCCCCAAUUAAUAGCUUUAAAAAGUGAUAUUUACAAGUUAUAUAUUCAAAAAUAUAUAUUCACUACUUAUGUAAAGUUGCACAGAACAAAUCCUUAUUAAACAGAGAAAUAUAUAAAGACAUGUUAAAAAAAUAUUAAACAAUCAAAUUGAAAUUGAUAUAAAGGCAUUUAUUGAUCAACAUGGAAACUUGCGUGUUGAUACCCCAAGAAUUCAGCUUGUGCAUUCGGAACCAGGACAAGAGUCCUAAUGGCGAUCCCGAGGUGUCAGUCUGGAGCAAUUCGUCGAUAGCUCAAGGAUCUUUGUGCUAUCCUUUCCAGGGGACCAUCAGGAUUGACAAGCUGGAGGUGUAUGGCACUUUGGAUGAGGAUGAUAUUCGACAUCGAUUUGGUUGCUACGAUGAAGUAUCCAACAGUAACGGUCAUAGCGUCCGGCAUUGUAACUGGGUGAGAUUCGUCCGAGUAGCUUCAGCUUUCAAUCCUUCAGUCAACUUUGUCGCUACCAAAGUGCGAGGCGAACCAGUUUACGAAGCAGUGAAACCGAUUUCACCUGACACCGAAUUGUUGGUAUACUAUUUGCCAGAAAGACCCGAAGAAUUGUUUUUUGUCAGGAUGAGGGCUAGUUUGUACAGACAGACGAUGGAUUCCAUAUUAGAGGACUCACCCUUAGAUCUCUCCAUGUCUCUUCUCUCCAGAGCAUUGUCAAGUUCUCCCCCAUCCGAACACGAUGAAAGAAAAUCAGUUUCGGGUGAUUCAUCAGCAGCUUCUUCACAGGGGGAUCUUCCAGAGACCACAGUACCUACACCUAGAGCGAGGCCUAGGGAACGAACUUUACUUCCAUGUGGAGUCUGUAGUAAAGCUUUUGACAGGCCCUCGUUGUUGAAAAGACAUAUGAGGACACAUACAGGUGAAAAACCACACGUGUGCAUGGUCUGUGGAAAGGGAUUCAGCACAUCAUCGUCACUUAAUACGCACAGGCGGAUUCACAGUGGCGAGAAACCCCAUCAAUGUCCUGUAUGUCUGAAGAGGUUCACAGCGUCUAGCAAUCUUUACUAUCAUCGUAUGACACAUAUCAAGGAUAAACCACAUAAAUGUAACCUCUGCAGUAAAUCUUUUCCAACACCAGGUGACUUGAGGUCGCACAUGUACGUUCACUCUGGAUCCUGGCCGUUCAAAUGUCACAUUUGUUCGAGAGGAUUUUCAAAGCAUACGAAUCUCAAGAAUCACUUAUUCCUGCACACAGGUAAACCAAAUGGACCUACAAAAAAAGGAUAAAUCUGUUUGAAGUCUGAUAUCUCGAGAAGAAAAAAAAAACUGUUUCAGUGAUGUAGAGUCCAUUUUUUGCUUGUACAAUGUACUUUCUAGGUUAUAGUUAUAUUCGUCCAUUAUUAGACAAGUGAUAGAGGCUUAAUUUUAAUAGGUUUUAGUAAUUCUGCAAAUAAAAAAUGGAUAAUUAUUAAAUGUCGUAGUAGAAUGCCUUUGCAUUGACGAAUUAUUCUAAAAAUUGUUUAGAUUUUUUUCUUUACCAAAAACGAAAGUGUUUUUUCAGAUCUUGUGUCUUGGAGUCUUGUAAAUAGUUAUUUCUCAAAUUUACGUAAUUAUGUAACCUGACUCAAUUAUCUAUACAGUUGAGUUUAAAUUUAAAAGAUACUUUUGUUUAUUUUGUGAUAAUGUUUUAACGUGACUUGAUAUACAUAUAAGAUCCCCAUAAAUACAGAAUUUUUUGGAAAAUAUUUUUAAAUGAUUGCAUUGAAAUAAUCAAACCGUGAUGAUUUUUUAUUGUAAAUAGAUAUUUAGUUCUUCUUGAUUACAUUAAUUUCAAUUUUCAAUCAACACUUUAAGUAUAUCUCGAAAAUCACAAAGCUCAUAAUUUAGUCAUUUAAAAGUUAUUUUCCAUAAUAUUGGUGCAGGGAAUUUCCAAUAACUGAUUAAUUAAUAAUGUUAUUUAUUGAUUAAUUACAUACUGCAAAUGUUAUUUCAGCUACAAGUUUAUGAUUAAGUUAAAAUAAAAUAGUUUAUCUUUUAUAAAACAUUGAAUAAAACGACCAUCUUUUUGUUGCUAAACAUUUUUUGUUUGAUUUGGCUACGUAAACGUUGAGUAGUCAUUUUCUUCAUAAGUUAAGUUUAAUUUAUAUUAUUUUUGUUGUCAAAAUUUUUACUUAUUUAUAUUUUUCCAUAAAUAGUUUAUUUUGUAACUCGUACGUACUAUGUCAUUGUGUAAAAAUUGUAAAUACAUUUUUUUAUAAUAAAGAUUAUUAUUA